ACCCCUGAAAAUACCACUGCUGGUUUCUACCCUGGUUUUCAGUCCACCAACCAAAACAAGUCUCAUCACUUUCCUUAUAUAGCUAUUCUCACUCAUGGCAAUUCAAUCGCUUUUCUGUUAUAACAAACCAACGCGUUUCGCACCGAUUGUGUUUUUCUAGUUUGUUAGAGUUUAUUUGAAUGGGGAGAGGAAAGAUCGUGAUAAGGAGGAUUGAUAAUUCGACGAGUCGACAAGUGACGUUUUCGAAGCGAAGAAACGGUUUGUUGAAGAAGGCGAAGGAGCUUGGAAUUUUGUGUGAUGCUGAAGUUGGAGUUAUAAUCUUCUCCAGCACUGCGAAACUCUAUGAGUUUGCGAGUUCCAGCAUGAAAUCAGUAAUUGAUCGAUACAACAAAUCAAAAGAAGAACAUAAUCAACUUGGGAGUCCAGCCUCUGAAAUUAAGUUCUGGCAAAGGGAGGCAGCAAUGUUAAGGCAACAAUUGCAUAAUUUGCAAGAAAAUCACCGGCAAAUAAUGGGCGAAGAAUUAUCAGGUUUGACAGUCAAAGAACUACAGAGUUUGGAGAACCAAUUGGAAAUCAGUCUUCGCGGUGUUCGUAUAAAAAAGGAGCAACUUUUUAUGGAAGAAAUACAAGAACUAAAUCGAAAGGGAGACAUCAUACACCAAGAAAAUGUAGAACUGUAUAAGAAGGUCUAUGGAACAAAAGAUAAGAAUGGAACAAACAGAAAUUCUGUUCUCACAGAUAGCCUAGGCAUAGGAGACGAUUCACACGUGCCUGUGAAUCUCCAGCUCAGCCAGCCACAGCAAGUACACUACAAAGCACCUUCAGGAACUACAAAACUGGGACUACAAUUGCAUUGAUGCAUUUCCAGGAGAUUGGUGUUUCUCGUCUGCUGUCAAAUAAAAUGGACUCAGGUUUUAAUUAGAUAUAUGAAUGUGGCGUGGCAUAUAGGCCACAAACCAUUUGCGUCAAGAUUCUAAUUUGAAAUUAUGAACAGCAAACAAAAAAACAACCUAAGAAUGUAUGUGAUGAAGAAUGAACAACGAAGCAUCUGUGUGGAGUUAAGACUCGACAAAGAAACUCUCCAAAUUCAAGAGAUGUUUAAUCCAUUUCACAAGUGUUAAAAAACUAUUACUGCCUUCAAA